AUGGGUAGCUUCCGGUGGUGGUUUACAGCUGUUUUGGUACUCGCCGUCGGUGUAACGGUGAAUGCCUGCCCGCCGUCAGAUAGGGCAGCUUUGAUGGCCUUCAAAGCUGCUUUACACGAACCUUAUUUGGGCAUUUUCGAGUCGUGGAAGGGCAACGACUGUUGUAGCAAAUGGUACGGCGUUACUUGCGACCCGACUACUAAACGGGUUGCGGAUAUAGCGCUUCGUGGAGAGUCCGAGGAUCCGAUUUUUUCAGAAGGCGAAGCGGACCGGGGUAUUUCCGGUACUAUACCUUCCUGCAUUACCACUUUGCCGUUCCUCCGUCACCUAGAUCUCGUCGGAAACCAAAUCUCCGGUGAAAUCCCUUCCGAUAUCGGCAAACUCAGCCUUCUGACGGUUUUAAACCUGGCGGAUAACAAAAUCACUGGAAGGAUCCCGAGGUCGAUUGCAAAUCUAUCUUCGUUGAUGCAUUUGGAUCUACGAAACAACUUGAUCUCAGGAACUAUACCGAUCAACAUCGGUAAGCUGAGGAUGCUCAGUCGUGCUUUGCUUAGCAACAACCAGAUCUCCGGACAGAUUCCGAACACCAUUUCCUACAUCUAUCGUCUCUCAGAUCUCGAUCUCUCGUUAAACCGGAUCUCCGGACCGAUUCCUGAAGCGCUUGGAAAAAUGAAGGUGCUGGCGACGUUGAAUCUCGAUGGAAACAUGAUUUCCGGUAAAUUACCAACGUCAUUGAUGAACUCCGGCAUUAGCAUUCUGAACCUUAGCAAAAACGGUAUCGAAGGAAGCAUCCCGAACGCAUUCGGACCUAGAUCUUACUUCAUGGUGAUGGAUUUAUCGUAUAACAACCUGAAAGGUCCAAUUCCGGAAUCGAUAGCAUCAGCGUCGUAUGUCGGACAUCUUGAUCUGAGCCAUAACCAUCUGUGUGGGGCGAUUCCGGCGGGUUCGUGGUUCGACCACCUUGAAGCGUCGUCGUUUACUUACAAUGAUUGUCUGUGUGGAAAGCCUCUUAGGGCUUGUUAA